GUCGACCUCACCAAUGGCAAAUGCGUGAUUACCUCGCAGAACCACGGAUAUGCCCUGGAUGACUCCCGUAUGCCCCAGGGUUGGGACAGAUACUAUGUCAAUGCCAAUGAUGGCUCGAAUGAGGGUAUUAGACAUGUGGAUAUGCCUUUUAGGUCGGUUCAGUUCCACCCCGAGGCGAAGGGAGGACCCCUGGAUACCGCUUAUUUGUUUAAGGAGUUUGUUGAUCAGGUUAGGGAG